GACGAACAAGGAGAAGACCGUCUGGUAUAGAAUAUUAGCAACCAACAACGAACAACCCCCAUGAAGGUUAGCUCAGAAAUCAAACACAGGUAGAGAAGAAAAGGCCAAAACAGACACAAGUUUUUUACGUACACAACUAAUAACUUCUCCCUUGAAAGCAAAAACCCAGAAGAGGCCGGGGGAUGGAAAUACAGGUGGGAAAGAAGAAACAUAAGAAGAACGAGAGGUGAUUAUUACAAAGUUUGUGCUGGGGUGUGUUGUUCUUCACCGAUCGACCAGAAUAGCUAGGGUUCUGUUUGGUGAGGAGGAAAGGAAAAACAUGAGGACAUUGAAGCGGGAGAUGAUCGAAGAUGUUGCUAUGAUAGGGGGAUUGGUAGGGGUGCAAUUUGUGUAUGCUGGGAAUUCUAUAUUGCUGAGCUAUUUCAUGUCUUUUGGGCUUAACCCUCUCACUAUUGUUAUCUACUCCAGCUUUGCUACCUUCAUCAUCCUCGCUCCCAUUGCUUACUGUUUUGAAAGGAGUAAAUGGCCGAGCACAAUCAGCCUCAAGUUUGUGAUUCAGUUGGUUUUGAUCGCCUUUGGAGGAGUAACUUUGUUCCAGGUACUGUUUCUAAAGGGGAUCGUGCUUACUUCACCAGCAAUGGCAACAGCCAUGCCUAAUCUUGCUCCGGGACUUAUAUUUGUCAUCGCUUGUACUGUUAGAUUGGAGAGAAUGAAAAUUAGUUGUCUGUACAGCAAAGUGAAGAUUCUAGGCACAAUGUUGUGUGUGGUAGGCGCUCUCGUAAUGAGCGUAAUGCAAAGCACCACUUCCACCCCAGCAACAAAGUUUCAGCUUCAAGCUCAUUCUCCUGAUGUGAUCUUCGAUAAGCAGAAGCUUAUCGGGUGCUUGUAUCUCCUUGCUGCCGUGUUUGUAUUGUCCAGCAAUAUUGUCUUGCAGGCUACAACAUUGGGUGAUUUUCCUGCACCUAUUUCCUUGUGUGCCAUAACAUCUUUCAUAGGGGUGUUUAUAACUGCUGCUGUACAAUUCAUUCAAGAUCACAAAAUUGAAACUGGUUGGCCCCUUGUCAGUGCUCGAGACUUGAUUGGCUUUUCCUUACUUGCAGGUAUAGUGAGUGGAGCUUGUAUUAGCUUCAAUGGGUGGGCAAUGAAGAAGAGAGGGCCAGUUUUGGUGUCAAUGUUUAGCCCCAUUGGAACUGUCUGCUCAGUUAUUCUCUCAGUUAUCACCUUAGGAGAAUCCAUCAGUGUUGGAAGCCUUGCUGGCAUGUGCCUCAUGUUUACUGGGCUCUACUUUUUCCUAUGGGCUAAAGGAAAGGAAGGAUUUCCAGAUGGGAUUGACUUGGAAAGUGAGUUUGAUGCAGAGAAGCCUCUUUUAAGUUGAUCAUUUGUGUCAUCAUCAUCAUCUGGUUUGUAAAUAUAUUUUGGUAAACGGAUAGGAAAGUUGGACGAAGUGGUUCUAGGGGAGUAAGAAUUUGAUACAGACUACUGGCCCCUUACACAAUGUGCUCUCUGAUCUAUCAGAACAAUAAGAUUGAACAAGGCCUUCUGCAUAAUUCCUAAAAAUUUAGUGAACUGGUUAUUUGCUUGAUAUUGCUCGGUACUAGUCAGUAAGAGAUGGUACUUUCCUUUACUGUUUUUUGCAGAAUCACCAUGAUGGCUACUACCUUUAUUGCUUUGCUGUGUAUAAGUUGGGG